AGUCAGUAAUUGCUGGAGACAGGGAGAGCUGGGGGUUGGGCUGAGGUAGCCAUGUAUAAAUAGUGUGAUCUCAAAUUGAAAGGCAUAAAUAACAGCAGGAGUGAUCUAACCCUAUACAGCCCAUCUUCUACGUGCAAAAAAAGCGUGCGGAGGACAGCCAGAUCUCCUACUGAAAACAAGUGAAUCUCUGUGGAUAAGAUCACCGGGUAGCCAUGGAAGAACUUACAGCUUUUGUAUCGAAAUCUUUUGACCAGAAAAGCAAAGAGGGCAGCAGCAGCGGCGGCGGCAGCGGCAGCAAGAAGGAGACUAUCACAUACAGGGAAGUUUUGGAGAGUGGGUUGGCUCGAUCUCGGGAGCUGGGAAACUCCGAUUCUAACCUUCAGGACAUUACUGAGAGCAGCAACCAUUGCCCAGUGCAUCUUUUCAAAGACCAUGUAGAGAGUGACAAAGACAAACUGAAGGAGUUCAGCACGGGCAGGGCUGCGGAAGGGAUCUACGAGUGCAAAGAGAAGAGAGAAGAUGUGAAAUCUGAAGACGAGGAUGGACAGACCAAGCUGAAGCAGAGAAGAAGCCGAACCAAUUUCACCUUAGAGCAGCUGAAUGAGUUGGAAAGACUUUUUGAUGAGACUCACUAUCCAGAUGCCUUUAUGAGGGAGGAGCUGAGUCAGAGGUUGGGACUCUCUGAAGCUAGGGUGCAGGUCUGGUUCCAAAAUCGAAGAGCUAAAUGCCGAAAGCAAGAGAAUCAGAUGCACAAAGGCGUUAUUUUGGGAACUACAAGCCACUUAGACGCCUGCAGGGUAGCCCCUUACGUUAAUAUGGGAGCCCUGAGAAUGCCUUUCCAACAGGUCCAGGCACAAUUGCAGCUGGAAGGCGUGGCCCACGCUCACCCUCACCUGCAUCCCCACCUGGCUGCCCACGCCCCCUAUCUGAUGUUUCCACCGCCUCCCUUCGGGCUCCCCAUCGCCUCCUUGGCGGAGUCAGCCUCCGCUGCCGCCGUGGUGGCCGCAGCUGCCAAGAGCAACAGCAAAAACUCGAGCAUCGCCGACCUGCGGCUCAAGGCCCGGAAACACGCCGAGGCCCUGGGGCUCUGACCCCCCGCGCCACGUGUGACACGGAACGGACUGGAACGCCCUCCUCCCCUUCUCUUCUCUCUCUCGCUUUCUCCUCCCCCUUUGCCAAGCGCCAGCAGCACCGGGACUCGACCCCUCGCGUUCCCUCGCCCCUGUCCCCAUUUGGUUCUCCCUUCAUUCCUAAUGUCCUGGUCUGGGCUCUCCCGAAACCAUCGGCUUUUUGUUCUUGAAAAGACCCCACCGAGUGCUUUGACAGACUCAAGGUCCCAGGAGUGCACGCUCUGAGCCCAAAGGCUCCUCACUCACGUCGGACCCCACUUGGUUCUGAAGAAUUUAGGCUCGAAUCUCUCCUUCUCUCUGGCGCUUGGUGCUCUUAGUACAAUUAAAAGCAGGAGGCAGUGAUGGGCCUGAAAUCAGCCUCAAUACUAAUUGAGAGUCGUCUUAUUGAAAAAAAGAAAUACGCUAAAACAAACAACAGCAAAACCCUCACAAAGACUUUCGGGAAGAUAAGGAGGUGGUGGGCGGGAGGAACCCAACAAAAAUCCUAAAUGAUACUAAUCUGUGAACAUUGGGACUUUGGGAUUUUGACCCUGGCAAAAUUGAUCACAUCAGCAUUACUCAUCUUCUGCUGUCAGUUUUGCUACCCUGUGCAUGUGUCUAACUAAACACAUUUUGAAGAUCAUAAAAUAUAUUAAACAAAAGAUCCUUGGGGCUGGUCUCCAUUAAAGAUGACAUUUCUUUGUUGCCAACAGUAUUAUUUCACUGCCAUGAAUAUCUUCCAUCAUUGAAGAGCUGCAGCGGAACUGGUUUGAAUUUAAAUGUGGAAUUUCAGAUCUGAGGCAAGAGGCAGUACUUUCCUUUCCAG